CUCUUUCACUACUUGUCAUUCUAAAGAAAAACUUUUUUAUUUCUUAACUUGAUUUUACGACAAUGGGCAAGAUUUCAAACCGUAAAUUUCUACGAGGACGCCGCAACAAUGUACUUUAUGGAUAUCAGAGCAAUCAACGUUCUGAUACAAUCAAUCUGGAAUCUCUCUUGCGUCCCGGAGGCAUAAGUUCAUCUAGUACUAGGGUUAAUCACCUCCUUGGACUGCAUCCGGAAACUCUAGUCGCCCAGGAUUUUCCUUUACCAUACCGCGACGUCAGCGUUUACUUUACUCAACUAGUCCAGCUGUGGAUCCUUCGCCGUCUAGGAUUCAAGGUCGUCAAAGAAACAUCGAGAUACAUCAUAAUCGUAACUCUACUGAGCGACUCUGCCAGGCAAUCAAGUCCUUCUACUGAAAAAAGAACAGCAGCUGAUAAAAAAAGAAAAUGAUACCAAGCCUGUGAUAAAAUUGGAAAAGUCAAAACAAAGUUAUACUAUGCCGAUUAAUAGUUGUUCCCAUUACAUAAAAAAAGAAAAAUAUACUAUGGCAUCUGCACAUUGUUUAAGCUGUUCGAGUUCCACGACAUCCAUAGGACAAGUCCAAAUAUUCAACAACGGAGAACAGCGCUUGACACAAGAUCACAUUGACAUAGCUUCCAUUAUAAAUGUACUUUCACAAAUUGCUUUUGCAUUAUUUUU